UUUCAAAAUGGUUGACAGAUUAAAGAACAAUUGGUGAUUUUUUGUGUACUGCCAUACCUUAUUUAGGUUUAUUUUAUGAAAAUAUUUUGGUAUUUGAAAUAGCUGGCGAAUGUAUUGGAUUCAAUCGCAUUUAAGUUGCUUGUGGCUUAGGAGAUUUUUAGUACUGGAUAGCAUAAAUUUCUAUGAACUCAAAAAGCGAAACUGACGAAGCUUCAAGGGGGAACGAAGCAACAUCGUCUAAUAACAGUUCAACCCCAAACAACUCUGAGGGUCAACCUACUCCAGGUUUAUGCAUUGCAACUGGUUCUGAAAAUACUCAGGAUAUAAUGAAGCGAGCUGCUGCCAAACAACUGAUUGAAAGAUACUUCUACCAGUUGCUAGAUGGCUGUGGUAACCCUGAUUGUGAUAAUCAGUAUUGCGCUUCCAGUGGAGAGGCCCGAAAUUUGACUCCAAACGAAGCUGCGGCGGAGGCUAUAAAGCUGUUCUAUAAAGAGGCGCGCCUGUGUGACAGUCUCCCCAAUAAAGUUCCUCGUACAGAGGCCAGCACAUGUAACUCCAGUGCCAGCACAUGUACCAUAUCAAACCCAAAGGAAAAAAACACAGAUAACAAAGAUGUUAAGGCUGAUUCCCCCACAACAAGUACAUCACAACUAGAAAGCACUUUGAAGGAAGCAAAACCAGAAACUAGUCAUAGUGUAUCUCAACAAGAAGAAUGCAAAACUCUUAGUCAUAAUAAUGGUGCGCCGCUGACGGAGGAGCGCAUCUACCAGUUGUGUGACGAGUGCCUUCAGACCAAAAUGCCGCAGCCCCUGGUCAGGGCCCUGGGCGAAGCAUUUACCCAGCCUGCCAUUCUGGCCAGGUGUUUCCAAAGCAAAGUUAAAGUAGACCAGAGUAAUGAUGAUGGAGGAAAAAAUACAGACAAAGAGUCAAAGGCGAUGUGUUCGAGCGACCCCGACAAGGACGUGGACAGCGUGGCCGGGCCCGCGCUCGACGUCUCCGCGUGUCGCAGGGCCUUCCGCUACCUCGCCAAAGUGCCAUCAGAUUAUUACAGUUCAGCUUUAGUAACAGCCCUCACGACGUUAGCAGAAAACCUGGAGAUAGACCUGAGGAUAACAAAAAAAAUGAGUAUGGAGGAUGCCGUGAAUUGCUUCGUGAUAGCGUUUGAAGUGCCCGAUCUGGGCUGUAGCGAUUACUUGGAGAUUGCUUUGCCUGCGCUGUGCCAUGCUGCCGAACAUUUGUCUGUCAAAGCGCAAGCCCGUCUAGCGCGCGUAUGGGCUCAACAUUGUAAAGAGAGUUUACGGCACAUACUGGAAACUCUACAGCAACUCAUCACAUUGAGAGUCAUCUCCACCAACUACACCAGCCACUUCACUGUGCAGGAUGAUGAGAGCGUCACAAUGGCCACCAAACUUAUGAAGAUAGUGUACUACGCCAACAUGUUGGCGGGCACGAUGGAGUCCAACACGCUGCGGGAGGAGGCCAUCGUGAUCGCCAGCCAGCUGGACCCGCUGGGCGACGUCAUCGACCAUCUCUUCUCGCCCAUCAAGACCUCCAAACAGGCUCAACCCGAUGACCCUUUAGCUGUGGAAUUAGAUAUUAACGUAUUAGAUGCUAGGAAGCCAUACUUGCCAUUUGAAGAAUUUUACAACGAACCUCUUAGUGAUACUAUAGAAAUGGAAAUAGAUUUUGCAAAUUAUAAGACAGAAAUAAAUAAUGGUAAGAAGUUCACGUUCCUGAAGUACCCGUUCAUCCUGACCUUGGCGAGUAAGUCGCUGGGUCUGUACUACGAGAACCGCAUCCGCAUGCACUCGGAGCGGCGCGUGUCCAUGUUCCACGCGGUGGUGGGCGCGGCGCCGCCCAUGCCCUUCCUGCGGCUCAAGGUGCGCCGCACGCACAUCAUCGACGACGCGCUGGUCGAGUUGGAAAUUGUAGCUAUGGAACGAGUACUGGACCUGAAGAAGCAAUUAGUCGUGGAAUUCGAAGGGGAGCAGGGGGUGGACGAGGGGGGAGUCAGCAAGGAGUUCUUCCAGCUCAUAGUCGAGGAGAUCUUCAACCCAGACUACGGCAUGUUCACGCACCACCCCGAUACUAACACUGUCUGGUUCAACCCCACAUCGUUCGAGACAGAGGCACAGUUCACAUUAAUAGGCAUCGUUUUGGGGCUUGCAAUAUAUAAUAACAUAAUAUUAGCGGUAGACUUCCCUAUGGUGGUCUACAGGAAACUCAUGGGAAAGAAGGGAUCGUUCGAGGACUUAGCGGAUUGGAAUCCUACAUUGUAUAGAGGUUUAAAAGACAUGUUAGACUACACGGGCGAGGAUCUAGAGGAGGCGUACUACCAGACGUUCAGGAUAUGCUACCAGGACGUGUUCGGCACUAACAUAUUCCACGAUCUCAAGAAAGAUGGCGACAGCAUAUUCGUCACGCAGGAAAAUAAGAAGGAAUUCGUGGACUUAUACGCGGAUUUCCUGUUAAACAAAUCCGUGGAGACUCAGUUCAAGGCGUUCCGGAGAGGCUUCGUCAUGGUCACGGACGAGAGCCCGCUGUCGGCCUUGUUCCGGCCCGAGGAGGUGGAGACGCUGGUGUGUGGCAGCAAGAACUUUGACUUCAACGAGUUGGAAAAGUCGACAGAAUACGACGGCGGUUACACCGCAGACUCCAAAAUAAUCCGAGACUUCUGGUCCAUUGUGCAUAGUCUCAGUAACGACGACAAACGGAAACUUCUGGAAUUCACCACGGGAUCCGACAGAGUUCCUGUAGGAGGCCUAAGUUAUCUCAAACUUAUCAUAGCGAGAAACGGCCCGGAUUGCGACAGACUACCCACAGCUCACACAUGUUUCAACGUUCUCCUCCUCCCAGAAUACGACAGUGAAGAGAAACUAAGGGACAGACUCAUGAAAGCAAUAAGUUACUCCAAAGGCUUCGGAAUGCUUUAACAUUGGACCUCGGGCGUAGCUGAACAAAUGUUGUUGUAUAGAGCCAUGACAUUGGUUUUGUAACAUUAAUGAAUAAAGUUUGUUUUAUUUAUACAAUGAA